GGGAUCAUUCCAGCCGGUUGAAAGGCACAGCGAAAAAGCAAUUUCUACAUGAAAGGAUGACGCUACUAUUCUCGCCCCACAGUACUGUCUAAUAGACCCUGGCUCAACUGACGGUGUGGACGGCAUAAGAGGACCGGGACGUCGACAUUCACCUCGAGAAACUGCGGGUCCCAUGUUGUCAGCUCUAGUGGCAAGUACAAGCAGAAUGACUGUCCUCACUGCUAUGGUGGAUAUCUGGCUUGACAGGAGUAUUUGCUCAAAUCCAACAGCCAAAGCCUCCGCUGUUCAGUCUAUUGAAUGCAUCCUGUCCACGCUCUGUUUGGUUCGGCAGCAUGACAUAGAGAUGCCAGGUUUCCAUGUCUUUCUCUAUGCAGCACCGUCACUCAAACGAUCCUGCGUCGUGAACAUUUACUCAUCUGGUUUCACGACCAUAACUGUAGAAGAUGGCAGUAACGAUUCACCCCUCACAAAUCAGGUGAUGGAAGAAAUGAAGCAGAAGUUGAAGAAGACCCUGCAGUCACGGAUGGAAAAGAUUCCUCUGAUAAAGCGUGGUGCUCCAGUGCCAAACUACUACACGACGUCGGACGAGCGCAUUCUGGAGUACGACUUUGACAAGAUAGUAUUUGAAAGUGACUCCAAGUACCAGCAUGUCAAGAUUCUUCACUCGCCUACACUUGGAAAUUGUUUGCUCCUUGACGAUAUGCAAAAUUUGGCCGAAAAAGAUAUAAACUACACUCAUGGCCUGAUGAAUUACAAGCAGAUAUGCUACAAGGAUAAGGAAAUACUUAUCCUCGGUGGCGGUGAUGGGGGCCUCCUGCAUGAACUUCUUAAAGAGAAGCCCAAGCAUGUCACAAUGGUGGACAUUGAUGAAAUGGUGAUCAGUGCAUGUCGAGACCACCUAAGGGGAGCCUGUGGAGAUGUUUUAGACAGCAUGGUGGGAAAAAAUUAUGAGAUCAUUAUCGAUGACUGUAUGAAUAAGAUGAAAGAUUAUAUAGAAGAAGGAAGGCUGUUUGACAUAGUCUUCAACGACCUGACGGAUUUCCCAAUCAGCUCGGAACCUCAAGCUAUCACAGGUGGACACUGGGACUUUGUGAGAAAGAUAGUCAACAUGAGUAUGAAAGUGCUGAGACAAAAUGGCCGCCUGCUCAAUCAUGCAAUAGGUGUAAGUUGCCCAUCCUCACUCGAAACAUAUGAGAAGCUGUUGAAGAGUCUUCCAGUCAACGUUGAGUUCACUAAGCACUCUGACCAUGUACCUUCUUUUAUGGAAGAAUGGGUAUUUUAUGAAAUCCGAAAGCUGGAAUGAUGAACAUGUAGGUUUAGCACCAGUACCUUAUUUAUAUCAAUGCCUGGCAGCCAAGUUCAGUCCUUAGUGUAUUGCUCGUCUUUGUCAUUGGCUGGCCUGUUGCACUGCCAGCUGUUCACAGUGUUCCAUGUGUUUUUCUUUCUUGAAAGGCUUUCCGUAGAAUAGGUGACAAUACUUACAGUGCAUUCUCCUGCUGCUCAACAGUUGUCUCUCAACCACAGUAUUACAGUAUCCAAUGUAGUUUUAUUAAAAUAUGUGUAUUUCAAUUAGAGUUCAUACUUUUAUUAAUUAAUAGCUUUAAUAGAAACACCCCAAUCGUCAUCACCAAAAUAAAGUUGUUGUAUUAUAAUAGUUUGUUUUCCCAGAGAAUGCUCCCCUUCAUUUUAUUCUAGUCUUACUAAGCCUUGCGCAAAGUGAAGUGAAGUGAAGAGUAAGGUAACGUGUGCAGACAUGGAAGACAUUGCACCUGGGUACCGAGCUGUUCUAUAUUAUAAUGACAGGGUCCCUUGCAGCUGUUCUGAAAAUCUGCAUGUGGUCCUUCGUUUGUGUUACUUCUCAUCCUAAGGAUGAAUGUAAGUUAUGGGUCUGCAUGACCUGUUUUACCAGUGGUUUACGAAAUAGGUUUGUGUAUCCGUCUCACGCAUAGAAAAUGGCAACAUCGUCACUGGUCAAAUCACGUCACAGGUCAUGUCUGUUUUAUUUCUUAUUUUAUGAGCAUGUGUGUGUAAGUAGAAAUGAUUGUGAAUAUUAUUAAUUAGUGACCAUGUUAUGGAACAACUUUUAAUAAAA